AUGCCUUCCUCAAAGAGCCCUAAUCACUGGGCCCUGUCGGAGUUACUUGGACAGCGGAGGCUGCUAGGGGUUGGGGCUCUGCUAGCAUGGCUUGUCCUCUUCCAUCUCCUUGUGAACGUUUGGCUCCUGUGCAUCUUCACCAGUCUCCUGGUGGUGCUUGGCGGCUGGCUCGGGUCCCGUGCUGCUCUGGACGCUAACAGUCUCCUCCACUUGGAGCACUUUGUACCCCUUGGCAAAGCUCAUCCAGCUCCUCACUCCCCUGAACAUGAAAGGAGGUUGGACCAUGAGAUCCACAGUGCGGUCCACAAAGCGGUGCGUGACUUUGUGUCCUCAUGGUACCGUACUCUGUUGCCGGACGAGAAGGGGGAGUUUGAGCGCGUGGUUCGGAAUACAAUGCUGGAGUCUGUGAUGGAGCUGAAAGAGCGUGCCCGGCGGGUUGACAGGAAAGCACUGGUUCAGAGGACUCUGGAGCUGUACGGCUGCCACCUGCAGAGCUACAUGAGUGCACGGGAGAUGCAGGCAGAAGCAGUACUGACACAGAAAGAUGGCCCCAGCCUCUGGCAGCUGUACUGUGAAGCAGAUGCCCCUCACCCAGCCGUGAGCAGUGCAGCCUCUGAGCUCAGUUACUCAAGAGCUUUGGUGAACCUUGUCUUACAUGUGCUUGUCCCAUAUCCUCACAUGGAAACCAGGACUGGAGGCUACAUGGUCGCAGAGCUCAUCACCUGCAAUGUGCUGUUGCCUCUCAUAAGCAGGGUAUCUGAUCCUGAUUGGCUCAAUCAGACCAUUGUAGACAUAUUCACCAAGUCCAGAGAACCACAAGAAACAAGUGUGGAUCAUCUCCUUACAUCUCGGCUAUACAGAGAUCAGGCCCAGCAUGAGUCCUGGACCACAUGUUGCUCCUUCUCCUCCAAUCAAACUGAUCCCAGUAGCAAAAGCUUCUCUGACAUGGACGACCUGCGCUACCAGAGUCCAGUCAGCAAGAAGGAUUCCUCACUGAGCAGCAUGGCUAGCCUGAUGAGUACUGGUAACAUAGAGAGUUGCCAUGCUGGUCUGCUCACACCAUGCACAGCAAACUGCUUUUAUCUAGACACUAAACAUGACUCCCAUUCAUCAGAGUCAAAGAUGUUAGUGGAGUCUUUAAUUCAGACAGACUCAGAGGAAGACCUAGCAGAGAGCUUUUGUGACUGCGUUCCUCCAAACAACCUAUGUGGUAUAAUCACAUUAAAGGAUGAUGAAGCCUCUGGCUGCUUAGGUCCUCUGAGGGCUCUGGGGCCAAAGGUGGUGGUGUCAGAGGACUCUCAGUGGCCUGCAGGCAUAGCCCAAGAACCGCCCCCAGUUUGUCCCCCAAGAGGACUCUGUCCAACCUCCUAUAACUUUGAGGCUUCUACCUGUCUGGUUGCACCUCUUACCAUCCAAAAUGUACAAAUUACUGGCACAAUGACUGCCAAGGAGCAGCGCGGCUCUGGGACGCACCAAUAUACUCUCUACAUUAUAAAGUAUGAGGCGGUGGGUGACUCAGAAAGCCUCGGCACUUUGCAACCCAUUGCUUACCGCGCUGUUAACCGGAGAUACACCGAGUUCCUCAAUUUGCAGUCUCGUUUAGAGGAUAAGCCAGAGCUCAAGAAGUUGAUAAAGAAUGUAAAAUGCCCAAAGAAACUUUUCCCUGACCUCUCAUUUGGCAAUGCAGACAGUGAGAGGGUGGAAGCUCGAAAAAACCAGCUGGAUACCUUCCUUAAACAAUUAAGCAGCAUUCCUGAAAUAGCCUACAGUGAAGACAUGCAGGAGUUCCUGGCUCUCAACACAGACGGUGCCACAUCCUUUGAAAGAAAGCCGUUUCUCAAGUCAAGAAUUGAUAAGAUGGUGGAGAAUGCUUUAGAUACGCUGAAGACGGCUUUCCCUCGUUCUGAGCCCCCGAGCCCCACGGACGACCUGGAGGGCGACGCUGAUGGAAAAGCAAUAGACAACAAGAAACUCAGGAGGCUUCGAUUCCCUAGCAAAAUUGCUCCAUCUCUCAAUAUAACUGACCUGCCUCCCAAAGUGACAUACUGCUUCAGUGAAGGCAGCACUGUGCUCAAUGGCAUGUCAGUCUCUGGUCUGGAGAACUUUGUCAAGGAGCAGGAGAGGCUUUUGUGUGGGCUGAGUGGGAGAGAAGCUGGGGAGGCCAGGCAGAGCUGGGAGCAGUCUGGCAAAGACAGGAAGACAUCAGGGAAACCUCGUGGGACAGACACAGCAGUGGCAGAUGUAGCAUUGAACAUCUUGUGUCUGCUGAUGAAGGACCAGUGGAGCUGGCUGUGCACUGAGAACAUACAGAAGGCCAUUAGACUCCUCUUUGGCACCUUCAUUGAGAGAUGGCUGGAUGUGGGCGCUGCCCACCUCACUAGUGCCCCCUGCUGGGUGAUUUACCUCCAAGUGCUGCAAGAGGCUGUGUGGCCGGGUGGCGUGCUGCCUGCUCAGCCCCGGCAGGAGCGGAGCACCGAACAAAGACAGGAGACCAAGGAAGAGUGCCUGGAGUGUCUAAUGCAGCUGCUCCCAGAGCUCAUUACCGACAUGCUGGGCACUAAGAAGUACAGGCUCAGUUUGGAGACCAUGCUGGAGUCUUUACAGGACCAUCACAUUAACAAGCACCUGAUCUACUGCAUUUGCGACUUGUUGCUGGAGUUCCUGAUUCCUGAGUCGUGUGAUGAGGCCUUCCAGAGGUCGCUGCUGCACAGCCUGGCCAAAGAUGUGGAGAGGGAGAACCUUCACAUAUGA